AUGGGGGCUGAGAACAUCACCUCUGUUAAAGAAUUCAUCUUGCUGGGACUCACAAGCCAUCGAGGAACUCAGCUUCUGCUCUUUGGGGUCAUCCUCAUCGUCUACUUGCUUACACUUUUGGGCAACCUGCUGAUCAUCACAUUGGUGUGGGCUGAUUCUCAACUACAUACGCCCAUGUACUUUUUUCUCAGCAAUCUUGCUGGCAUGGAGAUCGGCUUUGUCACCAGCACGCUGCCUCAGAUGUUGGCUCAUUUGGUCACUGGAAAUGGAGUUCUCUCCUUAACACGUUGUAUGUUGCAAGGUUAUAUUGCAUUGUACACAGGCAGUGUUGAAUGUUUGCUGUUGGGUGUCAUGGCCUAUGAUCGUUACUUGGCCAUCUGCUGUCCCUUGCUAUAUGCCAGAGCCAUGAGCAAGUUCCACCAGGUCCUGCUUGCCACCACAUGCUGGAUAACUGGCUUUGUGUUUUCCGUGACUUAUGUUGUCUGUACUUUUCGUCAUUCCUUCUGUGGCUCCAGCCUCAUUAACCACUUCAUGUGUGAGCUGCCUGUUGUGCUGAAACUUGCAUGUGGUGACACAAAAAUCACUAAAGCCAUUGUCUCUGGUCUAUCGGCCUUCAUUGUUUUGAUUCCCCUUUCGAUUAUCUUGUCUUCCUAUGGGUUCAUUCUGAAUACUGUAUUGCACAUGCGGUCAACUGAAGGAUGGCGUAAGGCUUUCUCCACCUGUGGUUCCCACCUUACUGUAGUCAUCUUGUUCUAUGGCACUGUUAUCUCUAUGUACGUUAUCCCCCAGCCAGACUCGGCUCCUGAUCGUAACAAGGAAAUAGCUGUCUUUUAUCUCAUAGUUACUCCCUUGCUUAACCCCAUCAUAUAUACCUUGCGGAACAAGGACAUUCAUUCGGCAGUGUUCAAGAUGGUGAGAAGAUGGGGCUUUGAACAAUGA